AUGGCUUGGGCACAAGAAACAGAUGUACGGCAAUUUUUCCACGAUGUUGUGGACAACGCCAAACAUCAUUGGAAAGAGUUGGCGUACCGACUGGACAUUCCUGGCCCGGACAUCGAAGAGGCGGACCAGAAGAGACGGGGUGACGCGACCCAGUGUUGUCGGGACGUGCUGGACAAGUGGGUGGGGAUGAACGGACGGAGGGCGACACUGGACAGACUGAAGGACGCACUGGUCGGGUGUAAACAUCAGGAUGUGGUGGAUAUAAUAGAAAGUAAAACACCUGGGGUAGGUUGGAAACGACAGCAAGAAGACGAGGGUCCCUAUGGUUCAAAAGCCACAGAUUUGAGAAGGGUAUUCCUGCUGAUCAAGGAAAAACUCGGCGUCCGUUGGAAAGACUUGGCCCGUGCGCUAGACUUUGAUGAGCCGGCUAUAGAUGUGUUUACCUACAAACACAGAGACCCGCGGGACGCCUGUAUGGACAUGUUGGAGGAGUGGAGACAGAGGGGGAGGGGGGCGACUUUAGAUGUGCUGAAAGAGGCACUGGAAACUGUGGGCCGUAUGGAUGUUGUGGACGCUAUCAUAGAACAUGAGGAAGAGUUCAAGAUCAAGAGACUGCGAGGAUCUGGACCUGCACAGAUGCAAAGGAACCCAGAACACAAGAGAGUGUUCAUCAGCUACACAGUGGAUCCGUACACCGAUACGAGCCGCACAGCGAGACAACGUGACUCGCACGCGGCGCUACAGAGAGAGAGGGUCCGUGCUCUGGCAGACGCGCUCCGCCACAACGGCAUAGACUGUGUCAUCGACCAAUACGUAGAACAAAACCCACCCAAUCUCUGGACCAGGUGGACAGAGGAUGAAAUCCACAUGGCCGACUACGUGUUAAUGAUCUGUACACCAAACUACCUCCAGUGUGUCACUGGUAAAAAGGACGAGGAGGCUACAUCAGAAUACAAAGUCAGAUUCGAAGGCAAAGUCAUCUACGCUCAACUUGCAGACCCAAAAGUUCACGAAAAGUUUCUCCCAGUUUUCUUCGAUGAGAUCAACCGUAACGAUGUUCCUCCGGUUUUUCAGGGUGCUCAUUUUUAUGGACCGAUCGAGAGAAAUCCAAGAUACGGACAGAAUACUUUUAAUCAGCUGUUUUUCAAAAUUGUAGGGAGUGCCCCCAAGGAGAAAUUGCCACCCCCUAUAGGGAAGAUUCCUCCUGGGUUAGUGCCAGUGCCAAGACGUACAUAAACAACCACCUGUU